AUGUCGAUUCCAGCAACAUACAAAGCAGCCGUGUACGAUGAGCCUGGCACCAUCUCGACCAGGAUUGUAGAGCUGCCCACGCCGGAGCCCGAGGAGGGCCAGGUGCUCAUCAAGCUGACGCACUCUGGCGUCUGCCAUUCUGAUCUCGGCGUCAUGACGCGUUCGUGGGCUCUCCUGCCCUUCCCCACGCCCAAGGACCAGGUCGGCGGCCACGAGGGCAUCGGCGAGGUCGUCAAGCUGGGCCCCGGCGCCGAAAGCUCAGGACUGUCGCUCGGCAGCCGCGUCGGCGUCAAAUGGCUUGCCAACGUCUGCGGCGAAUGCGCUGCCUGCAAGGUCGGCAGGGACGGGUGCUGCCCGAAGCAGGCCAUCUCAGGCUACUUUGCGCCGGGCACAUUUCAGCAGUACAUCAUCGGCCCGGCCCGGUACGUGACACCCAUCCCCGAGGGCAUUAGCGCCGCCGACGCCGCGCCGAUGCUCUGCGCGGGCGUCACCGUGUACGCGGCGCUCAAGCGCAGCAGGGCGCAAAAGGGCGACUGGGUCGUCAUCUCGGGCGCGGGCGGCGGCCUCGGCCACCUCGCCGUGCAGGUCGCCAGCCGCGGCCUGGGCCUGCGCGUCGUGGGCAUCGACCACCCGAGCAAGGCGGAGCUGGUGCGCGAAUCCGGCGCGGAGCACUUCAUCGACAUGACGCAGUUCCCGCGCGGCGACGACGGCAGCAAGGCCAUUGCCGCGCGCGUGCGUGAGCUCUGCGACGGCGUCGGUGCCCAUGCCGUCGUCGUCUGCACCGCGUCCAACGUCGCCUACGGCCAGGCGCUCGACUUUCUGCGCUUCGACGGCACGCUGGUAUGCGUGGGCGUGCCGGAGCACGCGCCGGAGCCGAUCGGCGGGUCGUUCCCGGCCAAGAUUAUCAACUCGAGCCUCAACAUUGUCGGCUCCGUGGUGGGCAACAACGAGGACGCGGCGGCGGUGCUGGCACUCGCGGCCAGGGGCGUCAUCAAGUGCCACUCGCGCGUCGUCAAGCUGGACGAGCUGACGAGCACAUUUGAGCAGAUGCACGAGGGCAAGCUGCAGGGCCGCGUCGUUCUUGAUCUGUGGGCAUAG